AUGAAGGAGCAGAACCUGUAUGACCGGUGUGUGGAGAUCAACUCAACAGACCUGGAAGAGGAGCGUUUGAAAAUCUGUUUAACAUGUCUACCGGAGCUGCACAACUGCUACAUGUUUAAGAAACGCGUCAUUCAAUCGUUCCAGAGCCUGAUCCGGGCUAUCGAGGAACAAAAAGCUCCUGCAGAGCUUACUGUGGAGCUAGUUGACGGUGUGGUUGAUCUAGCAAGCGAGGAACAGCGUAAGAAACCGCAAGACGACACCGCCAGCGAUACGAACGAAGAACAUUUAAUAGCAGAAUACAUCGACGAUUACGACAACGAGGAAAACGAGGAAAACAUUGGCAUAGGAGAAGUGUCAUCAGAACGCGAGUCAGUAGAAACAGGAUACGUACCGUCGCAGGAUGCCGAAACCACCGAAAAUGCUACGGUAGGAGAGCAGCCAUCAAACAAGUGCCCACACUGUACGGAGAUUCUACCGUCUUCGACCACUGUUCUGCAGCACUUGAUGAAAAAUCACUGCAUCACCGACCCAUCCCAGCGGCCAAUGUGCGAAAUUUGUACACACAACUUUCGCAAUCUCAAAACGCUGCGCCAGCAUCUACGCGUUCACCUCGACCAGAAACAAUUCGUUUGUCGGUACUGCUCCAAAUCGUUCUACUAUCGGCACCACAUGCUAGUACACGAACUAACCCACACCGACGAACGCGCGUUCUCCUGUGACCAGUGUGAAAAAUCGUUUGCGACCAAAGGGCGGCUGAAGUGGCACCAAAAGAUGCACGAGCCGUACGCUGCCUUCCAGUGUGACGAGUGUCCGAAGCGGUUCAAAGUGAAACAUCGUUUAGGACUUCACAAAUGCAUCAAACACAAUGCAGCAAUGGCCAACUUUGAGCCGGUCAAGUACACCGAGGAAUAA